CUGAGGGACCGAGGCUGAUGGCGGCGGCCGAGAAGUUGGCAGCAGAAGAGGCUGUGGAGACUGAGAAUCCGGGAGCUCUGAAACCCGGAGCCGCCCCGUUCGGAAAUUUCCCUCAUUAUUCUCGCUUCCACCCUCCCGAGCAAAGGCUCCGCCUUCUACCCCGGGAGCUUCUUCGACAGCUCUUCCCUCUCGAGGGUCCCGAGAGGAGGCCGAUCCUAGGGCUCGACGUGGGGUGUAACUCCGGGGACCUGAGUGUGGCUCUGUGCAAACAUUUCCUUUCCCUGCGUGAUGGUGAGCCCUGCUCAGGUGCCUCCAGAGACCUCCGCCUUCUCUGCUGUGAUAUAGAUCCAGUCCUUGUGGAGCGAGCCAAAAAAGCAUGCCCUUUUCCCGAUGCUAUGACCUUUAUCACCCUGGACAUCAUGGACCAAAGGAACAGGAAGGUUCCCUUGACUUCUUUCUUAAGCCAGUUUGGACGUUCUGUUUUUGACAUUGUCUUCUGCAUGUCAGUAACCAUGUGGAUUCAUCUGAACCACGGGGACCGUGGUCUGUGGGAGUUCCUGGCCCAUCUCUCCUCUCUCUGUCGCUACCUCCUUGUGGAGCCACAGCCCUGGAAGUGUUACCGGGCCGCUGCAAGGCGCCUCCGAAAGUUGGGACUCCAUAACUUUGAUCACUUUAGCUCUCUCACCAUCCGAGGCGAUGUGACCAGUCAGAUCGUGCGGAUCCUGACGCAGGACCAUGCAAUGGAAUUAGUGCGCUGCUUCGGCAACACCAGCUGGGACCGAAGCCUUCUGCUCUUCAGAGCAAAGCACACCGUGGAGACUCAUCAACCCUGAACCGCUGACAAAAGAGACAGAAAGGAAGAAAUGGGAAUUCUGAAUAGGAGGGCAAACAGGAAGAGCACCAGGGACACAAUGUAACGCUUUCAUACUGAGAAUCGUGUUCACAUCCUGGAGCAAUCGAGCUCCAGACCUGGCAGGAACUUUUGGCAAAGUGUCUGAAGCAAGCAACUGAAAGAAUUAGUGUCUGUGUUCCCGAUGUUUGGAUAGCCCCUGAGGGGAAUGAAUUCAGAGAGCAGUGAGCUAGGCGUCUGGAUGGAGAUUGUCCUGGGGAGUGAAACUGCCUUUGAAAGCUGUCUUGUUUGCUGGGGACCAAAGUUAGGGUCUUAUGUGUGCUAGUCAAAUAGUCUACCCCCAAGUUACACCCCCAGCUCUGCGGGAUGUUUAUAAAAGUCAGACUGGGUUAGUAGACUGUGUCAUCUCUUCUAUUUACUUAUUUUUACUUUAUGUGCAUUGGCAUUUUGCCUGCAUGUGUGUGUGAGAGUGUCGGGUCUGUGAGUGCUGGGAAUUGAACAUGGGUCCUCUGGAAGAGCAGUCAGUGCUCUUCACUGUUGAGCCAUCUCCAGGGCUGCACACUGCCACUUCUUUGAACUCCUUAAAUCCAACCUGGAUCUUCAGCCUUUUCUGGUCUUGCUUGGCUGCCUUGAAACAGAGCCUCGUGAUGAAAUCUGCAGCAAGAGGCCCUGGGCUGGCUACAGGGAGUGGCCAGGAGGGAAAGCAUUUCAUCUUUCUAGAGGAGGCCUAGCCUCACGCAGUAGUUAUGCACUAAAAGACACACUAGCAUUUUAAAAUAUACUUAGAAGCUGGGUAUAGUGGCAGAUGCUAGCACUUGACAGGCAGAGGCAGGAGGAUCAGGAGUUCAAGGACAGCUUUAAGGCCAGCCUGGCAUAUAUGAGUCCCUCCUGUCUUCAGAAAACAAAACCAUUGUGAUGACAACAGAUGUUUAGGACUCAGGAUAAAGCUUAACUGUAGACUGUUUACUCAGUACCUGUAAGGUUUGAUCCCUAGCCUUCUCCUCAUCCCCCACAAAAAACAACAAAAAGAAUUUAAUUAUGAACCCUAAGAUAGGUAGUGAUUUGUGAUUUGGUUCUACAAUACAGCUCAGCAAUCUUGCUUUCUCUUCCUCUCCCUUUGCCGUCUCUCUUUAGUUUUCAGGACCAGAUCGAACAUGGGACCUUGUACCCACUGGCAAGACUCUGCCACUGAGUCCAUCCCAGCCUGGUUUUGUUUUGUUUUAAUUUUCGUUUUGUUUUGUUUUUUUGAUCAAAGGCAUCUCUAUGUAGUCUUGGUUGUCUUUGAGAUUGUUAUAUUGACCAGUCUGGCCUUGAACCACCACCUGGCAACAAUGUAAACCUUUAAUCUCAGCACUUGGGAGGCAGAGGCAGGAGGAUCUCUGUGAGUUCGAGGCCAGCCUGGUCUACAAGAGCUAAUUCCAGGACAGGCUUUAGAACUACAGCAAAACCCUGUCUCGAAAAAAACAAAAAGAAACCAACCAAACAAACAAAAGGCUUACAUUGUCAUGCCUGGCCUUGUGUUUCUUUAUUGCAGCAAAAUUUAUGUGACAAUAUUUGUCAUGAUAGCCAUUUUAAUUUAUUUAUGGUAUGUGUAUUUUGUUUGGUCUGCGUGUAUGUCUGUGCACCAUGUGCAUGCAGUGCCCAAAACCACCAGAAGAGGGUAGCAGAUCCCCUGGAACUGGAGUUAACAGAUGGUGUGUGGAUGUGCCCUCCUGAGUCCUCUGGAAGAGCAGCCAGUGCUGUUAACCACUGAGCCAUCUCUCCAGCACAAUUCUGUGGCAUUACGUACAUUCACAGUGAAGGUUCUGUUCUUAGCAGGCACUUUGAUCUGGUACAAGUGAAAGAGAACACUGACGGCCUGGGAUUCUCUCUAGCCUUCUGCUAACAGGCCUUCCGUUCCUGAUGCUUUAACUUACCCCUGAUGGCAGCUCCACCCCCAGGGCUCCAGACUAAUACUGUCCUGUUUUGUAGUCAUAAUCCCCUGAAGUAGUUAUUAGGCAUCUCAGAUUCAAAAGAUCCCAAAAGCAAACUAAUCCUAUUCCAACCUAAUCCCAUUGUGGCGCUCAUUUAUUGCACACACGAGAGACUCCAGUUGGCUCCUCCUGUCUGCUCCCCGCACUGAAAUAGGUGCAGUCCAGCACGUAAUCUAUCCCACUUACUGCACCCGUGUGGCAGCACCUGCCUUCUGAAGGCAGGAUCCGGGUCCUGGGCCCUGCCCUCAGCCAUAGCCAUACCCACAGAUCCGAAAUAGCACUCUCCUUUUCCCGAACCCAGGAGAGCUAAGGAUCAGAAGGAGUUUUUCAGAAUAAAGUAUUAAGCAAAAAUAAGGUGCUGUUACUUUGUGACGUCGUUCCGCUCUGUCAAAUGUUGCAGCCUACAAUUAUGCUUGUUGGAACAAAGGCUUACAAGGGAAAACAGCAGAAAAUGUGACUCUUCCUUGUUUUUCAGGAGAAGGAGGUGUAAAAUGAGGAGCUCUGAUUGAAGGCCACUGAACGUUUUAAAUGGUGGAAAAGUGGGAAUGGAAGAACAGAAACGAAGCUAGGUUGGGGUGGUCUCAGAAUGGUCGCAGUUGGAGACAGAGCUAAGUUUCCUCCUCUGUAUAUCUUUUUUUGGAGACAGAGUUUGUCUGUGUAACAGUACUAGCUGUCCUGGAACUAGCUCUUGUAGACCUGGUUGGUCUCAAACUCAAGAGAUCCUCCUACCUCUGCCUCCCGAGUGCUGGUAUUAAAGGCAUGCGCCACCACCGUCCGGCCUUCUCUCUAUAUCUUUACUAUGCGGCUCUGCUGGGCACGCUCUGUCACCCAUCACCAGGACAGUACAAAGAAUUAUGCCACUGUGUCGGGUCACACUAGAUCCCAGCAUGUCCUCAUACUGUCCUGGGAGCCCGUGAGUGUUAGAGCGUGCAAGGGGCUUUGCUGGUGUGAUUAGGAACCCUAACCUAGGGAAGUUAACUGGGCUACCCUUUAAGAGGAAAGCAGAGAUUUAACCACAGCAGACUGGGUGGCACUGAGGAAGGACCACACGCCAAAGGAUGCAGGUAGCUUCCAGAAGUCAGAACUGCAAGGGGGUACAGCCUUCCUUGAUUCCCUAGAAGGCACACAGCCUGCUGAGACCUUAAUCUGAGAUUUCUAGAAUAAGCAUAUGUUCAAGCCACUAAACUUGUGACUUGUCACAGCAAUGAACGGCACGAACACAGGAGCUUCUUUCCGUGGGACUGGCUUUGAAGGCCUCAGAACCUGGCCCAAAUAACUUGUUUCAUUCUUGGUUUUGCAGCCCUGGCUGUCCUGGAACUCAUUCUAGACCAGGCUGGCCUCCAGCCUACAGAGAUUGGCCUACAUCUGCUGGGAAUAAAGGUGUGCGCCACCAUGCCCAGCUGUCCCAAACGACUUGAUGGCAGAGAACGAGCUCAGUGAGCAAAGGAUAUGGAGGGGCUCCAUCUCCACAGCACAGUGAGCACAUGUCAGCCAUGAACGCCUGCGGGUGCGGGCUGCCUGCUCACUAGGGACACGCUACAGGACAAGUAGUUGCUUGAUCAGUCAGAGGAUCCGCUGCUCUUCUAGAAGAACAUGUGUAAUUUGUGCUCAUAAAGAUGAGGCCAUGCAAACAAUGGCUGCUUAAUCGCCUCUGAGCUGUGAAGACCAUGAAAAUGCCUUUUCUCUGAGAAGAGAUCAUCUUUAUAUCAAACCAGUGUGACUGAGGCACGGCACCAAGUCAGCUGAGCCCUUUUAGGCCUCGGGACAGACGUGAAUAGAGAAUGAGCUGAAUAAACCUCAGCACUUUAAAAAAGACACGAGCUGGGUGUAGGGGCACUCCGGCACAGUCUCCGCACUCGGGCUGAGUUUGAGAGGAGAGCUCUAGGCAGACUUAUACUAUGUGACAAAGAUCCCGUAUCCAAAAAAAUUUUACGUAUAUAAUCAAACUGGGUGAUGGUGGCGCACGCCUUUAAUCCCAGCACUUGAGAGGCAGAGGCAGGCGAAUCUCUGAGUUUGAGGCCAGCCUGGUCUACAGAAUGAGUUUCAGGAUAGCCAGGGCUAUUACACAGAGAAACUGUGUCUCAAAAAACAAACACAAAUUUAGAUAUGUAAUCAAAUAUCUACAAAGUGUUUCCAUUCAGUUAGCAGCAAAAUGAGACCCACCAACCAUCCCUUACACUGAUGCUCCCAGUUCUGGCAUUUAAAUACAUAUGAAGGGGCUGGAGAGAUGACUCAGAGGUUAAGAGCACUGACUUCUCUUCCAGAGGUCCUGAGUUCAAUUCCCAGCAACCACAUGGCGGCUCACAGCCAUCUAAAAUGAGAUCUGGUGUCCUCUUCUGGUAUGUAGGCAUACAUGGAAGGAAU